GCUUCAUGAAGGUCACUGCUAGCUCCCAGUGAGCAUGCAGCCAUGUGCCACCAUCUGUUGGCGCGCUACAAAAUUAGUCUGGGAACUGUUUGAUGCCACCUUGUAGAUAACUAGACUGACAGACAGAUUAGGUAGAGGUAGAGAGUGAGGCAGAAAGACAGACAGACAGACAGAUAGAUUGAGAGAGAGAGAGAGAUUGACAAACACGCAUACAAACGUGAAUAUGUAAAGGUGUAUAUGCAUGUGUUUGUUAACUGUCAGCCAGGCAGACUAUUUUUGUCACAUUCCCAUACACAAUGACAGUCAGCCCCCACCAUCCCGCACCACUCCAUACCAGCUCAGCUCAACAACUCUUCAGAACAGAAGACCAAGGACUGUUGGCAAUAUGACUCGGAUAAACCAAUUUUCAGAUAAAACGUCUCUCUACCGAAUCCUGCUCCUCACCGUAUGUCUCCUGGCUAAUCCUCUCCUCGGCGGCAUCGCCCUCAACCUUCACUUCCAGUCACGGCGCCACACGAGGCGCGGCCAGCUGCGUAGUGCCUUCUCCCUGGCCAAGCGGUCAGUUGCUAUGGCAGUAAGCGGUGUGGUGAUGUCUUUCUUCAUCUUACUUCUGGUGGGUCUCUACGUCGGAGGAGGGGGAGAUCAGCAGGGCCCACAGAUCAAGACGCCCCUGGACCCUGCGGCCGGACGUAGACCAGAGAUGACGUCAAACCCAAACAGAAAUUUGCACCCAAAUUCAGACACGAACUCACACCACCCAAGAAAAGGGCCUUGUUACAACCAUAGGGGCCGAGAACAGAUAACAAUCAAUGCACCAAUAGUCCAGGGUGGUGGUCAUGUUGGUGGUGGUGGUGGUGGUCAUGGCAAUGGUAAGGAAAGAAAUGACAGCAGUCAGGCUAAUCUGGAUUAAGACUUGUGAAUGCUGACAUUAAGAGUGGAAGAUAUAUUGCCAUGGUGAUGAACGCUAUGUCUGAUGCUGACAUUGGUGGUGGUGGUGGUGGUGGUGGUUG